CCUCCCACAUGCUCCACCUCCGCCCCCUCCCGUCUCCCUCCCCUCACUUUCUGGUGCCACGAAUGCGACAUGAGCGUCUCCCUCCUCCCCUCCCCGUCCCCUUUCCCUUGCCCUCAUUGCCGCCGCUUCGACUCCCUCCUCCCUCUUGACUCCAUAUCUCCUCUCUCUCUCACCUCCUACUUCCCCUCUCAACACUCUCCGGAUCUCCCAUCUCCAAACCCUACCCCCAAUUCCGCUCCCGAUGACUCCAUUGCUGCCAUCCCCAGCGUAGAGAUCGCCGAUACGGCCGCCGUCUGCGCCAUUUGCAAGGACGACCUCCCCCGCGGAUCGUUCGCCCGUCGCCUCCCUUGUUCCCAUCACUACCACUCCGACUGCAUCGUGCCCUGGCUUUCGCUCCGUAAUUCAUGCCCUCUCUGCCGCUCCGCGAUCCCAUGCUCCCGCCGCCCCCGUACAGCUCGCUUCCGCAUCCGCGUGGUGGAGCCCGAUGAUGUGGCUGAGGUUGACAUGGGGGAUUCGUUCCACCAGAUCGGGUUCUCGCGGACGCAGGAGGGGCUGGAGGAGACGGGAUCUGUUGGACCGGAAAAUAGUGGGGAGACGGUCUCGUCGGAGUGGUCAGUGGGCGGUGCUUGGGGUGAUGGAGAUGAAGAUGAAUUAACCGGUGUGAUAAUGUCUGAUGUUUGGGAGGAUUUGUUCGCUUGAACUGGCAGUGUAUUUCAGUUUUUUUGGAAUGUGUGGAGGUAUGAUUCUUGAUGUGGUACAAUCAGAUUGAGAAUUUUGUUUAUAUGUUAGGUUGAAAUACAGGUAACCUGGAAUUGGAAAAUUGUUUUUAUGGUAUUUACAUUUUUUAGACCAAAGACUGCUUUUUUGCUAGGUAUUGUACUUGUUCCUGUCUGUAAUAAAACUAUUGGAUGGAGAAAAUGAUGCCACUUGUUUUGGCAAUUGUUAUGUUCUAUAUCAUUGGUUCGCUAAAUUCUAUCCAUCCACAUCUUGCUAAUCUUACAGACAGUAUAUGCUGUAGUAUGCAUCUAGUUAUGUUGUUUGCAUUAUUAUGUAG